AUGUCUGCUCCUCGGAAACCAUGGGAAGGAGCAGUGGUAAACACAAGGUCUAGUGUAGUGCCGUUUGAUUCUCCAUCUCGCCUUCCAUUAGCAGCUGGACCCCCUAGAUUGAAUGCACUUCGCGAUCGUGACUUGGGGAAAAUGACGAGUUCAACUUCGGAGUCAAGAAAACCUCCACCGUUGCCACCAAGACCUCAGACACAGAGAUCAAAUGGGAGAUUAAUGUAUGGAGGGUCAAGAUACGGUAAAUAUCUUUCACUUCAAUGUAAACAAUAAUAUCAAGAAGUUUCCAUUACAAUAGUUGCACAAUAGUUGUACUUUGACAUCACUGUCUUAAUCUUUGAGAAGCACACUUUAACUCCUAAUAUACAGUGGCCAAUGAAAAAUAUUGUCAAAAUACCAAGUAUCUUUUUUUAAAAAAAUCAUAUUAAACCAUAAUCAGAAAUAUAAGGUGGUACGCGUUCAUGUGAAUGCUGACAUCAUGGUAUUUCCUCCACGACUGCUGGAGAAGUUGGAAUGUCAGUCUAGGAGAAAUAUUUGGCAUAAAUACCACGAUUGAUAUUUCAAAAUUGUUAUACGUAAUUUAAUUUGAGACGAUUUUGAAAUAUCACGAGUGGUACUGAUGCCAAAUAUCACAUACAAAUCAUGCUAUUAUUUGUUUAUACCACUACCCGCAAAAGGUUUUGUAAUUUUCACAUGUAGCUAUUUCAAAUUAAGCUGAAAUACCGCUGCUCUAAGCCAGUCAAAUUGCAGAAAUUUCUCCUGUAGUAGUAUAAUCAGUCAAACACCGCUUUUUUCGAACACCCGCUUAAUAUGGACACCUCAUUAUUACAGACAGUUUAGUUGGUCCUUGGGAAAAGAAAGCUAUUACAUUUUCUCUUAAUUCAACCCACUUAAUACGCUAAUUUGGACACUUUCUAUGGCCCCCUCAGUGUGCAUAUCAGUGAACUUAUGCAACAGGGCGGGAGGGGAAGGAAGAAGGCAAACCUUUUGUGACAAGUGGACAAUGAUUUUGUUUGUAACAACUUUUUUGCCAAACUUCACCUUGUUUUGCCAUCCUCUUCUUUCUGCUAUCCUGUUGCGUAAACUUACUAAUAAUGGGGUAUGACAGUAUUAAAAUGAAUGUAUUUUUUGGAAACAAUAUUAUUGACAUUUUAUUUUUAGAAAAGUAACUUAUGUUAAAUAAAAAUUUGGAAUUUCAGGUUAUGGAAGUGGUAUGUAUGGAGGCUAUAGCGGGAUGUAUGGUGGUGGAUUUGGGGGUGAGUAUAACUAGUAUUGUUGGUAGUUCAUCGUAACCAGCUCUUGUUAACCAAGUAAAUUGAAAGUUAUUUUACCCUUUAACCGGCAAAGUUCCUGACAGGAAUUUUAUUUGUGGGAUAAAUAUGCUCGUAUUUUGACUUCAACUUCUGUGUUUCAAUUCCUAUCCCCCAUAACCUAUGUAGCAAAAUGUUCAGCACAAAACAGCCUAUCAAGUGAACUAGCCUGUAAAUAGACAUGUUUUAAUCCAAUUUCUUUUGUGAUUUUUUUCAAUUUCAAACUUGAAUGUGACUACUGGAGAAAAAUUGCUGCUUUCUUCAUAGCAAUUAGCCAUUACAAUGCAAUAAACAGUCUCAAUACCACUGCUAACCACACUGCUUCAGAUUCCCAGCUUUUGUUUGCUUGUAAUCCUUUUUUGGCCACAAACAAAGUCUCAUUUCUCAGGGUUGUCACUAAGAUUUCAAGUUGCCGGGUAUUUGUUGUUAGUAGCCGGAGAAGUCGCAAGCAGUCCUUGAGACCCCCCCACAAGAAGUUUUUGCAGCGCAACUUCUACCGUUUUCUAAAACGCAUUACCGCCCCAAAAAGGCAAUCUUCAUCAAGAGUACAGCUAUCAUUAGCGGUUUUAUGAUGAUCACGUCUUUAUUAAAGAAAACAACAUCAUUCGGAGACCCUAAAAUAAUAAGUUUUUACUUUACGUAAAGGCUCGUUGGAGAUUUUUUUUAGUGGCCGCCAAAUGGGAGUAUACAUGUAAGCACCGGGUCUGAAAUAGAUGACAGGUAGGCACCGGUCACGUUAUCCGCGCAGUCUUAUCUUCACGCAGAAAAGGCGCAUGCUGGCCAGUGAAGUGUUAAAUCACAACGAUACGUUACAAAUGUUAAAAAUGUGGAAAGGACAAUCGAUUCUUAUAUGGUGCAAAUGAAUUAACAUGCGUUUUAAAAUCAAUUGUAAAUCCUCAUUUAGUUAUACGUAAGAACGAAACAAGUUAGAGAAAACAAAAGUAAAACUAAUAUUACAAAUGAAUUAACUCACGGAGAAGCGGAAAGACUACAAGCGGACGAUGAAUGUACGAAAAAGCAUCAUAAACACAAGGUUACAAUGGUUUGUUGAAAAAUAAAAGUAUGAUAACGCUAAAACAAGCGUAACGUACGAAAAAUCGCGGGAUAAAAUAUGGUAAAACUAAACUGCACAACUGGUAACAUUAGUGGUCUCGAAUUUAGGAAAGAAACAUCACUUAACAUACGAAGAAACUGACAUACGGAAAAGCAUUUAAAAGAGAGGGCUAAUACUUUAUAAACGACGCUGAGAUGUCAAUACGAGACUCAGGGAGAAGAAUGCAAAAGUAAUGCUAAUGCUUAACUUCCCUUUUAAAUAUAACUUCUUGGAAUUAAAAAAAUAGUAGAACUGAGAGGAUAUGAUCAUGACCUGCGGACAAUGAUCUAACAUUUGCCGUUGACCGUGCCUUAUUUUAUAUACUCGAUACCUCACAAAGCUAAAUAUAGACCUGGUCACUUAAACGUCAAUUUAUUAAACAUAGCAAUCAGUCAUAGUGUUCAUCUUCAAAGCCUUCAUCGUAAUCCUCAUUAUCAUCAACAUCAGCAUCAGGGAGAUUUAACGCUCGGAUGAAGCCUCAACUUCUUCUGUGAUGUCAACAGAGAUCUGCUCAGGUCUUUCAUCAUGAACAAAGAGUGCAGAUUCCUUUGCCACUUCUUCGACAUGUUCAACACAAAGCCGACACAACGGUUGAAACUAGGGAUUUUUAGCAUCGACAAAGGUGACGGCAGCGAAAACGUCGCUUUUAAAAUGAAUUGGAGUUUUUCCAACUUUGUCUCGUUUAUUUCAGUUCGCUGAAAAUAGCUAAUGUAGGCCAAUUUCCCUGGAGUUGAUUUCUUUGGGACCGCACUCAAGUUUAGAAAGAGAAAGAAAAGUUAGUCUUCGAUUGUUUACGACCUCCAUAAAACGUGAAAUUUCCCAAUCGAACGCACCCUAGGCAUUUUCACGUCGUAGUCGUGCCAUAACGGCAAAGAAAUGUACAAAAAAGCGUGAUGCACGUGCAAACUAGUUGUUUUGCUCAAUAAACCUAUUGCUCUUUUGACUUUCUCGUUGCCGUCGCCGUCGUCGCUGCUAAAACUCCCUACUGACAUUUUGCGAACGGAGAGUUUUCGCGCGUGUGUACUAGUACCAAAUCUAAGGCAGAUGUCUUUUUCCGACAUUUCUUAGUUUUUGCACGCGAGUAUUUCAAAAUUACUUGAACCUGCUGCAGAUGAAACUUUCAUUUAGUUUGAUGGAUAGUCUUUGUGUGUUUCAAAGGGGUGCUCUUUUGGUUUAAUUUAAUGACGAAAGUAGCCGGGGGCCACGCUCUGAGUAGCCGGGGGAAAUCCCCGGCCCCCGGCCCUUAGUGACAACCCUGCAUUUCUACAGUUGAUUGAAAAAGAUGAAACAUUCAAGGGAAUUUGUCUUGACAAAAUCGAGUUACACAUAGUUGAAAUAGCCAAAACUACUAUCUAAAAUCAUAGUAAGAAUUAUUAGCAAAAAUACCGGUCAAUGGAUGACAACUGCUAUUUAUGAAAUUAUUAUAAGCUGGUUCCAAAUAUCAUGGAGAUGGGAACAUUUUUAUGUAUGCAAAUUAUGGACAAAUUAUUUAAAUUCUUAAACAAUUCAUUUGGAUCAAAAGCUGUUUUUUAAGCUGAUCUGAGGAAGUUUAUUAUUAUGGUGAUUAUCAUUAUUACAAUGAAUUAGUAAAGCAAGUAAUUACAAAACUAAUGCUGUUAUUAACUAAUAAAUAAUGAUUAACUGAUUAUUAAUGCUGCUUGAUGAAAAAUUUUUUUGGCUUAGUUAAUAAAAGAGACUCUAAGGCUAGCAUCUGCCAGCAGCAAAGCAACUUUCUUUGCAUUUUCAUUAGGGUGUAAAUGUAAGAUGAUUGCAUCUCACAGUACCCUGGGUUCCAGAGGAUAUAUUUUUUUUAUCAAUACUGAUGGUUCACGGCGAAUCCACGUCAAUGAGGCGCAAAGUGCCAAGAAAAAAAAAUAACCCCAGGUCACAGGAGCUAUGAGUCUCAUUUCCUUGCCAUUUUUGGGAUCAUGUAUCUCAUCAAACCGGUUUGGAGCUGAUGUGCAUGUUUGUUUUCAUUGACGCUGACAGCUGAGAUUUGAUCUUACGUGACUCUGCGUCUGAUCUGCAAUGCAUGAAAAAAGAAUUGCACGAAAGCUUACUUAGAAAGGAAAGUGCUAUUAAAAAUUGUCACAAAUUGUUUUCCAAAAAAAUACACUUCACGUUUUAAGUAUAUAAAUAGGACAGGAGUCAGCUGAGAAGUACCCACUCUGUAUGUUUUUAGAAGUCAACAGGAUAAAAAGAAUUUCUGGUCCGUGACUCUUGUAUUACUGUUCCAGGUCAAACUAAAUAUUGCCAGGCAAAAAGGCCAUGCCAAAUAAAACAUCAUUCUGCCACAUUUUUUAGCCAAUAAAAUGCACCACGAACUAUCAGGAAUUAGGAAAAAAGAAAAACCUUUUGCACCCAGGGUACUAUCCGUGGAAAUGCAGAACUGAGCCUAGCAAUACAAAGCAUAGCCGGAAAUCCAGGAAAUCAUCACAUUCAUUCAAACGAUGUCCUUUGGUAGGAAAAAUUCAAACAAAGCUUCUUCCACGAGGAACGUUGAUUCAGUUGUCGGAUAUUCUGUUAAAUUAUUUCGAAGUUUAGCCAGAGAUUGUUUAGCCACACGUCCAAAAGAAAACGUGAAAGCCGGGGUCUCUGAAUAACAACCCGAGAUUAUAUUGUUUGUUAUGAACAUCGCAAUAAUUGUAACUGGUUUUUAAUCUCAUGCAGUGAAGAUUUUCAACACAGCCAAUCAAGUUCACUGUUACAGCGUUAAUUCCCUGCCGAAGUGGGAGUAACCAAUCAGUGACCCAGUUCAGAUUCUGAACUGAUUUCUUGCAUGGAAAUGAGGUUGCUUGCAUGUGCGACCAGAGGUCCGACUUGGGAGCCUUAUCAAACCGAAAGCACAGUUUAUUUCAUAUUAGGUAUUUUGAGAAUGGACCUCUGGAGCCAGGGACUCACGGUAACAUAACUAAUAAACAUUAAUUUAUAUUAUUAUACCUCAUAAAUAGUGCAGUACUGUAAUAAGAAAAGAUAAUCCAUACAUUAUCUAUUUCUUUGAGCAGCUGUUUAACUUUGAGAACCAUCUACAAUGUAGAAUAAUAAUAAUUAAAAAUUAAAAAAAUUGAAUAAACUUUGUUUUAUUGCCUUUCCUCUCCAGGCUAUGGAAUGUAUGGAGGAGGCUAUGGAGGUUAUGGUAGUUAUGGCAGCUAUGGAAUGGGUAUUAAUCGAUUUGGAAGCCCAUUGAGCCAAUCAGGCUCACGCUCAUUUGUGGGACGUGCAGAGGAGAGCAGCAGGGCAGCAUUUCAGUCCAUAGAGUCAAUAGUUCAGGCUUUUGGCUCAGUAGCCAUGAUGCUAGAAUCAACUCACUUUGCCAUGCAUAAUACAUUUCUUGCUGUUUUGAGCAUGGCAGACCAUUUUAGUAGACUCCGCACUCAUUUGGUUAGUGUACUUGGAGCGUUUACCUUAUUUAAAGCCAUUCGUUACAUCUUUAGAAAGAUCCGUGCCUUAUUAGGUUUUACGCAAAACCAUGGAUUGGAAGAAGAGUUGUGGGAUAAAGCAAAAACAGCAGUUGCUCCAUCCAGUGGUCAAGGUGGCAGUGAUUCUAAAAAGGCAUUAUCAUGGCCCAUUUUGUUAUUUUUUGGGGUUGUUCUUGGUACUCCUCUCAUCAUAUGGAAGCUUUUACAGUCACUCAUGAAUGAUGAAUCUAACACAAAAGACUGGAAAACAGGUAAUUAUAAGCCUUUUAUGGUUUUAAUAACAAAAUCUUCGUGAAAGAUCAUUGCAAUAUUGAGACAUCAUGAAUGUUAGGUACACUUCAAAUACGGCUGGAUACCAUGGUAUGUUGCCCCAAUUAUACAAUUGCGAACAAAGUGUCCAUGCAGGUAGCUGAGGCACAGCCUACAAUCCUAGACGAAAGUAGUUUGGAAGGAUGUACAACUCAAUGUAGUUUCUUUCAAUUAUGUUAAAAAAGAUGCCCCCCGCCCCCCCAACUGAUUCAAUGGGAUAUAACAGAACAGUUUUGCACACAAGCACUUAUGUCUUUGUUCAACAUAAUUUGGGCAUGGGUAGGGUGGGGUAAGAAGGAAAGAAGAGGUAAAAUGUAGCAUAAAUGAACUCAAGUAAAUGGUGAAAGAGUUCUUGAUAAAAUGUCAUAUACUUUUUGAGGAAUAUCUGCAGAACAAAUUCUGUGUAUAUAAAUUCAUGAAACCGUGCUGAGAAACAGGAAAAUGCUUUGAAGAACUCCAUGAGGAAGUAAGAUGGUUAAGAAGGAUAAUAAAAACCUGUUGUAUUUGGCUUUCGCAGAUAUGCAGAUCUUGGACUGAGGCUGCUAUGCUCAAUCCAUAAUUCUUUACUUCUUACUCAGUUAAUAUUUUUAAAUUCGUGAUCGUCAAAAUUAAUUUUACCUGUUGUUACCAUUCUGCAGGGGAAGGAGAUCAUGUGAUUGCAAGAGCAGAGUAUGACUUUGAUGGUGAAGGGGAAGAUGAAUUAUCUUUCCGUACUGGCAGCAUUCUGCGACUUGCUCCCAAGGGCAAACAGCCGCGUAUCAGAGGAUGGCUUCUUGGUACAGUUGAUGGCGCUACUGAAGGCAUUGUUCCUGCUAAUUAUGUCAAGGUUGUCUAGGCCUUUGCAUUUUAUCAUAAUCUGAAUAAUUCUCUCUCUAGAUCCUGUAUAACUUAAAAGUGUUGGUGAAAUAUCACAGGGAUUUUUCUAAGGUCUUAACCUAUUCCUUUGAGUAUAUGUUGAUUUAUAAAGAAAGUUGAGGCCCAUAGCCUAGUUUGUCCCCGACAUCUUUAUAUGUUAUACCCUGGUUCCAGAGGUUUUUCCCGGGGUACAAAUUGUUGAGAGAAGAAUUCUUUGCUUCUCCUUUCCCCACUUUGCAUCUUGCUGCUAUCACUAUGUGGUUCAUUUGAGGAGAAAAAGACAGAUUUAAAGAAAACCUGGGACCAGGGUACAAUUAAUUCAAAAUAAAACCCAUGACAUGGUUUUUUUCACAGCUUUUUGCACAUAAAAAACCACAUUUAUUUCCAAUUUUUAGUCUUCAUGACACUUUAAUUUAUUGUAUUUUGAGGAAGAAAAAGGAAAGAAAUACAGAAAAAGUAAAAAAUUGUGGAAAAUUUCAUGUAUCAUUAACUGUCCCCUAAGGACGACUUCUGUAAGACAGACACAACCUUGGUAUGGACUCUACAGAGUCCAUAGGACAAGAUUAACUAUAGCACAGGUAGCCCAAGCUCAAAAUAUGAACAUCAGCAUUGUUGUAUAACUUUCAAAAAGUAUAAGAAUUUGUAUAAUGAGGAAAAUGAUUGUUUCUGUAACAAUUAAUUGAAAAUCGGGUUAAUCAACUUACCAAAUGAAAGAAACAAAAACUUAUAGAGAGGUUAGGUGAUUUACAUGUAUAUUUAAAUCCCUUCAUUCGUAGGUUACAGAAACAAUCCUUUUUUCCUGACACACCAAUCACAUCCCUCAAAACCAAGAAAGGAAAUUUUUGAACUAAAUGUCAGUGUAGCAUGGUUUCAUGACUUUAUAUGGAAACAAAAACUUUUAGAGGAGUGUUGUGUACACAAAUGACCUGUCAAAAUCAAAUCAACUUGCUUGCAGUUUUUUCGAUUUGGAAAGGUUAUUUGCAUAUGAUGAACAUGUUUAUUGGCCAAUCAGAGAUGGUUUUUUUCAGAUUCUUCCAGAGGUUAGUGAUCCUUGGUGCUGUACCAAAAGGAUUGUAGCCUCUGGGAACAAGAUUGGAUACACACCCAUAUAUUUCAAAGGCUAUGCGACAGUGCCCAUGCUCUGCAUAUUUUGAGCUAAGGCAACGUGUAACUAUAGUGUCUGUCUUAGAGUUGAUUGUCAUUAUAGGUAUUUCUUUUGCCUGGGUUUUCUUUUGUUUCUAGAAGAUGCUUAUUUACACGCUUACUUUGGGCUUCUUGUUCUGGCAGAUUUUAGGUCUUCGUCGUGGGAAAAAGAAACCAAAAGAUAGCAAACAGGAAAGCAGAGAAGAAGCAUCAUCAACGUCAAAAAAAGACCAAACUAGGAGUUCUGAAGCUAACAUGGAUCAGGAAUUUGACACUAUAACAGAGAAAACAGAUGGAAACAGUUUGAUACCUUCGCAGAACUUACUCACUGAGGAGUCUGCAAUUGAGAGAACUCUUGUAGAUGAUGAUCUUUUAGAUACUGACUUUUCAAGUUUUAAUGAAGGACAAACCUAAUCAACAGCUGAGUCAGAUGCUGAUAAAGAGUUGUUGUGUGUGGUAUAUAGAAGUCCCUGUGAAGCUUCAAAACAUUGUGGAAUGCAUUAUUAAUAAUGAAACUAGGGUGAAAUUAAUUUAACCUAAAUUUUUGUUUUGAACUACAAAACGUACCCUUAAAACGAACACCGAAGAGGCCAUAGAAAGACAGUGUCCAUAUUAAUGGGUUGUCUGUAUUAAGUGGGUUACCAUGUGGCACAAAAUUUUUGCGGGUUCUAAUUUUUGCAAUUUUUCAAGCGAUCUGCAAAAAUGUACCCCAGAGUAAAUAUUCUCUAACUUAAAUUCAUUACACAAAAUUACUGUACUAAGAAAUUGUGUCUGUUCAAUUACAACUUUUCUCUUUUGUUCAGAAACAAAACGGUAUACAAUGAAAUACUGGCUUUGCAUAGGGUACGCACACCGUAGUAUUGUUUGAAAAUAUGUAUUUCUUAAUCCUAUUGCACGUACUUAACAAAAACAAAAAUAUCAUCAAUGCAGGGCACUGGGUACUUUCUGAAAAUCAUAAAAGUUAAUUCCCAGCAAGAAAAAACAAAUUAUCUGUCCUAAUCGCAAAAUUAGUUCCCACAAAUCACAAAAAAUUGCCCAUCUGCAAAAAUAAACUCCCGCAAAAGAAUUCAUGCCACACAGGAAAUUUAAAGAAAAUGUGAGGCUUACUUUCCCCCAGGGGCAUGGACAACUGUCUGUAAUAGUGAGGUGUCCGUAUUAAGCGGGUGUCAUUAAAGCAUUAGCCUGCCAGCAAGCUCUCCAUUUGGGGAGUUGUGAGAAGUCACGCGAUAUCUUGUCUUUGGUGGAUGGUUCCCUGCUGGAAAUUUGUUAUCACAUAAAUGUAAAGCUCAAAAGCACCUGUAAAUGCUACACGAACCUUUCUUUACAGAUACUGUCAUGAUACAGACAGGGUUCCAGUGGAAACAGUUCAUCUGCUCUCAAUUAUGCUGUCUUUAUACAACUUCUUCCUCUAUAAUAUGAACCCCUCUAAAACACAAACGCUUAAUGGCUCUGUCUUCUUGGUGCCCAUAUUAUGGAGGCUUGACUGUGUUGAAUACAGAGGGUAUACUUUUUACUUUUCCUUUGAUCAUUUUAAGGAUGGAGUUCUCACUCCAUGUAAGGUAAUCUGGAUUCCGGAAUUCAGAAAAUUUUGCUUCUGGACAAGUUUUGCCUGCGGAAUCUGGCAACAUGGCCUUUGGAAUCCAUAAUUCAACUCAAGGAACCCUGAAACCCACUUACAAUGGAAUCUGGAUUUCAAGUUCCACUGACAGGGAAUCCAGAAUCCUGCACCUGGAAUUUGGAAUUCAGCAUGGAAUUCAGAACCCAAUCCUGUAUUUGAUUACCUUACAUACAUGCAGAGUGACAGUCCUGUCAACUCCUCCUAGUUCCUGGAUAUCCUUUACACAAGUGUCUCUUAAUAAUUUCCUUUGUUCAGGUGAAACACUUUUGAGGGAUUUGAGGGACCUUAGCUUUUAAAUGAUCAAAAGUUCUGGAAGAACCUUGAUAGAAACUCUUUUUAAAUCUCCUUGGUGGUAGUGAUUUCCCAAUUUUUUUUCUCCACAAGAAAAGAAUCAGGAAUGUUGUUAAGAGGCAGGGGCCAGGGAUUUCCCUUGGCUACUAAGAACGUGGCCCCCGGCUACUUUCAUAGGAAAGUAGAAGAAAAAUAGAACCAAAAGAAAUCUCUAGCUGGUUUGAUUCCCUGCCAACUUGAAAUCUUAGUGACAGCCCUGAUGUGUUAUACAUGAUUAGUGAAUAAUAUCACUGAAUUCAAAGGUGCAAAUAGUUAAUCACUAAAACGAAAAUUAAAGCUGCUAGUA